CAGUAAACGAAGAAAAGCUUACGCUUUCCACAAGAGAAAGUUCCAAGAACCAGCCAAGGUCAUAUCCACUUUCACUUGCUACCCAACAAACAUCUCCAUCUCACUCCGCUAGUGGACUUCUCCGCCCACUGAUUCCGCUUUAUCUAUCACUCUGCAUCGAAGAAAAGUUAAUGAAACUCGGCUCUUGCUAAGUUACAGGUCUUUUAGCUGGAAAAGUGAGAAAUGUCCCCCCUUGAGCUGCGAAUUUUUUCAGUUUAAUUGUUGCCAUUUUCCAGAACAACAGGAAAAUGAAAAAAAAAAAAGUUUAUAAAUAUCUGAUGUCAGGCUUUUUUUUUAAGAGCAUCUUUAGAUUGUGGAAUUGAUGGGUGGAAUACUUUCAAAACGAGCAAGUUCACGUCAGGCGUCAAGUUCACAUUCAUGGAGCUAUCCACAGUCAUCAUAUGUGCAACCAAAUCAAGAAUUUAUACCAUGCCAACAGUAUACAUAUGCACCUCCAAGUUAUGGUGGUCGAGCCCCAGAUUCUGGGAGGAGGUUGGAUAGAAAGUACUCAAAGAUAGAUGAUAAUUACAAUAGUCUGGAGCAGGUUACUAAUGCCCUGGCACAGUCAGGUUUGGAGUCUUCAAAUCUCAUUGUGGGUAUUGAUUUCACAAAGAGCAAUGAGUGGACAGGUGCAAGGUCAUUUAACCGAAGAAGCCUGCAUCAUAUUGGAGAUGAUCAGAAUCCUUAUGAACAAGCAAUAUCUAUCAUAGGAAAAACAUUGUCUUCUUUUGAUGAGGAUAACUUAAUUCCCUGUUUUGGAUUUGGAGAUGCCUCAACACAUGAUCAAGAAGUUUUCAGUUUUUAUCCGGAUGAGAGCUUUUGUAAUGGAUUUGAGGAAGUGUUAAGACGAUAUAGAGAAUUGGUUCCUCAUCUACGACUUGCAGGGCCAACAUCAUUUGCUCCUAUCAUUGAAAUGGCCAUUACUAUUGUUGAGCAAAGUGGUGGACAAUACCAUGUUUUGGUGAUAAUAGCUGAUGGGCAGGUGACUAGAAGUGUUGAUACUCAGUAUGGCCAACUAAGCCCACAGGAAAAGAGAACUGUUGAAGCAAUUGUUAAAGCAAGUGAGUACCCUCUGUCAAUUAUAUUAGUUGGGGUUGGAGAUGGACCAUGGGAUAUGAUGAAGGAAUUUGAUGACAACAUCCCUGCUCGUGCAUUUGACAAUUUCCAGUUCGUGAAUUUUACGGAAAUAAUGUCAAAGAACAUGGACCGUUCUAGAAAAGAAGCAGAGUUUGCCCUUGCAGCCUUGAUGGAGAUACCUUCUCAGUAUAAAGCAACAAUAGAGCUCAAUCUAUUGGGUUCUACUAGAGGGAAGGCUAUAGAUAGGGUUUCCCUUCCCCCUCCUCAGUAUGGUGCAGCUUCAUUCAGCAACUCGAAACCUUCACAAUCUAGCAGUUUUCACUCAAAACCUUCACGAUCAAGCAGUUUUCAUUCAAAUGCACCAUCUUCUGGUAGAUAUGAUGCAGCCAGUACAGCACCUCCUGCAAACUCUGCUUCUGAUAGUCAUCUUUGUCCUAUUUGCCUUGCCAAUGCAAAGGAUAUGGCCUUUGGUUGCGGACAUCAGACAUGCUGUGAAUGUGGACAAGACCUCCAGUUAUGCCCUAUCUGCCGAAGCAUCAUUCACACCAGGAUAAAGCUCUAUUAAAAUGUGUGCGCAUUCAUCGUAGAAAUAAAGAGCAUCAAUCAGAUGCACCACACUGGCUUAGUGUUGAAUUAAAGACGGCAAAUCUUUGAUCUUUUCAGACAGAAGGGUCUAAUAAAGUCAUAUGAUUGCCUUUAUCCUAGAAAUAAUGAGCAUCAAUCAGUGGUGCCGCACUGGCUUGUUCCUGGAUCAAAGGUAACAAGUCUUUGAUCUCUCCAGAUGGAAGGGUACUCACCCAGAUCUUGUUGUAUAAAGUGAUUAUCAUCACACAUUAUUAAAUAUGGAAUAUAUGGAAGGACAGGGUAUGCUACUGGUACUGGCUUCCAUCAAUGGCGCAAUACUGGCGUUAACAGUAGAUUCAGCGUUUGUUGCUGUUCAGUGUUUGCAUUUGCUCGGUCAAUUUUCUGUGAAUGUAUGUCUAUAUAUAUGGUUUCUUGCUUGUAACUGUUCUACAUGCUUGUUAAUGCACGUGUCUUGCGUGGACUA